AUGGUGUCGUUGGUAUUGUUGAACUCUCACUUCACUGAUUUUAUAAUUCGUCCUCAUGUUCCAGCAGUUGUUGAAGUUGGCGGAAUUCAUAUCAAGCAGAAAUCUGAUCCUUUGCCAGAGCUGGUCUUAAGCAAACAGUUCUUUUGGAAAUGGAAUGAUGCUGAGAAACCCGGAAAUGCUUCAAAUAUCUUCUAUGAGUCAUGGCUACCCCAAGAUAAUUUGAUGGCCGAUCCAAAUGUGAAACUUUUCAUCACACAUGCUGGUAAAGGAAGUGUUACCGAGUCACAAUAUCAUGGAGUUCCAAUGGUAGCCAUACCAUUUGCUUCUGAUCAAAUUUCAAAUGCUGCUGCAGUCGUCGGGGACGGUUUUGGUGUACAACUGGAUCAGAAAACAAUGACAGCUGAAGAAUUACGAGCUGCAGUUUUGGAAGUUUUGGAGAAUCCGAAAUUCAUUAAAAAAGUUAAGUCAUUUUCGACACUUUACCGGGAUAGACCAAUGCAUGCUAAAGAUACUGCUGUAUUUUGGUUGGAGUAUGUGCUAAGACAUAAAGGUGCUUAUCAUAUGCAGAGUCCUAAUGUGCAUUUGAAUGCAUUCCAAUAUUUAAGUUUGGAUGUUAUAGGUUUUCUAGUUUUAGUCAUAUUUUUAGUUUAUAAGUCAAUAACUAUUCCAACUAAGUUUAUUUAUAGAAAAGUCUUCGCAAAGAAGCAACCUAAAAUUAAGGCAAACUAA